GCGCCCAGCAUCCUUCUGCUGAUCUCAAGGGAGGCGGGGGUAUCAGUAUCCGCUGUAGGUUUUCUAUGGAAAGCAUUCGUGGAUGCUACAAAUAAAGCUGGCCGGGAAUUGAACGCAGUGACUUGGCGGCUUUGGGUGGCUGUGAACUAUAGACAAUGUCAGAGGCGGAGGAGGGCAGCCACAAGGUGUCUGAGGAAGAAGAGCAGCUGCCUUCCUGGCGCCGCACCGCUAAUGACAUGGCAGUGAGCUUCCGAAACAUUUUGACUUGGCACAGGCCGGUUCGCAGCCUGGUCGCCUUCCUAUGUGCCAACUGCCUCUUCUGGUUUCUUGCCCUGACUCCUUGGAGAAUGUACCACUUAAUCUCACUUAUUCUGCUUGGUGUUGUUAUGCUUCAGAUUCUCCAUCAUGUUAUACUGUCCAGAAGUAAAGGGAUACACCUGUGGAGGAAAAUGUCUAUAAGGUGGGAAAUGAUGACCUCUUCGGAAUGCAAACCAAGGCUUGGCCAGUGCAUUUCAGAGUCCUGGUCCAGUUAUAGUGCAUUUCUGCAAGAGUUACUUCAUUUUAAACAACAAAACCCUGGCAAGUUCUGCCUGCUGGUCUGCAGUGUGUGCUUUUUUUUCACUAUUAUGGGAAGCUACAUUCCUGGAGUUGUACUCUCCUAUUUAUUGUUACUAUUUGCAUUUCUGUGUCCAUUUUUGAAAUGCAAUGAAUUUGGAAAGAGAAUGUGCUUCAAAGUCAAGACAGUUCUGCAGAAACUAAAUCUUGGAUUCCGAGCCUAUGUGAUCCAGUGGAUAAAAGCAAAAUCCAAGAAAGAAGCAGAGACUAUACAAGGAGAUGAAAGUGAACUGGAUUUGUCGGCAUUAUGUCCUCAGAUUAAUCCUGCAACAGUAGGCAAGGAGCUUUCUGUUUCUGACACAGAGCCAUCAGACGUGUCCUGGACAGAUAAUGGGACCUUCAAUUUAUCAGAAGGGUACACUCCACAGACGGACACCUCAGAUGAUUUUGACCAUCGAAGUGACCAAGAAGAAGCCUUUUCCAGAGACCUGACAGAAUUCCCCUCUCUUGAGAAUGGUUCUGGAUCUAAUGAUGAUGACUCCAGCAUAGGCCUACCCACUGUGCCCAUGAGCAAGCAUGGAAAAAGUAGCAAAUUAAAUGAUAAGUAUUCAGCGGCAGCCCUGUCACUUGCCCUUGGCAGUGAGCAAUCCUUUAAUUUAAUCAGUGACAUGGCUGGGGAAGCCAUAACAAUGGCAGUGUCUGCAGCUAUCACAGAGCAGUUGCAGUCAUCCCUGCUUUCAUCCCCUCCUCCAGCUGCAAGCUUCACUGAAGAUACAGAUACAGAAGAAGCUGAUGAUUUUGAACUUCUAGAUCAGUCAGAACUGGAGGACUUAGAUGAGGGACCGGAGAAAAAACAGCAUCCAAACGAAAAGAAGCCAUCUUCUGGGUUUCUAUCCAGUCUUCUAGGGGGCCAUUAACACAUACUCGUUUCCAGAACAAAACAAAAAAAAAAAAACAAUUAUUGCAAUUUAAAGGCAACAAAAUGAAGUAGGAAGUUCUUGGGAAAUAUUUCCAUUUAUAAAUUGUUAUUUUAGGCCGCAGUGAACUGUUCUGAAUGCCUAGCAGUUGUCUCACUGAUUGUAUUCCCUUUGCACUUUGACAUUGUUGCAUGGAGUUGACUUACUGUUUAUGUACUUUUACAGUUAUGAGCCUUAGAUGGUAUAGUACAAUGAUGUAUAGAAAUUAAGGCCUACAAAUUCACAGCUCAAUCAUAUAUCUAAAACAAAGAGAUACUCCGUCAUAGAAGUUGCUAUAUAUUGUACCUUUUGCUAAUUAGCUGUCCGUGCCCUCAUAGUUUGCACUUUAAAAUUUGACAUUGAUUAAAAUAUAUAAUAUAAGACACUAUACUAUUGUCAGGAUUUCAAAUCUGACAAGAGUUGGUAUGUCCAAAAACACUGUAUGGGAAAGUUUAUGGAGAUUCUUAAAUACAGAGCAUACUAGAACUCUGAGUUGCUUUCUUUAUAAAACAGCUUGAUUGGUCAGAUUGGUCAGGAUUAUCCUUCGACCAAAAAAAGUUAGCCAAGCCUAUGGGGACCUUCCCCAUAGGCUAACAUUGAGUUCGGAAGCUUUUAGGUGGCGAAGUGUUUUCUUAAAGAGACAGUACUUCGACUAUUGAAUGGUCGAAUAGUCAAAUGAUUUUUAGUUCGAUCGUUUAUGGGGUUUGUCAAUGGAGGUCUUAUUUAGAAGUUAUCUCAGAGAAUGUUACUCAAAACAGUAAAAGAAAAAAAUGUAUGUUCUCUAAACUGUAACUUAAUUGCCUCCUUUUGUGUGACUUCACCAGUACUUGAAAGGGUUUUUUUUUUUUGCCUUCCUCUGGAUCAACUAGCAGUUAGGCAGGUUAAAAUAGAGUUAAAAGGUUGAACUUGAUGGACAUGUCUUUUUUUUCAACCUAACUUACUAUGUUACAGAGAAUGGGAAACUCUGGAUUAUUUGCAUUUAUUUUCUCAUCAAUACUAUACACCAGAUUAAGAGAAAAUAUAAAUGAUUUCAAUAAACCUCUUAGAAAAGUGUAUAGAAUAUACAUAUCAAAAGAAUAUACACUGUCCAAAACACAGUUCAUGUGAUGUGUUUUCUAAUUCCAAUUAAUAAAAUACCGGUACCUACA